CCCAAGUGCAUCCUACGAAGAUGGCUCGCAAAAUCGUUGUAUUUCAACCGUCCAAUUAUUUGAAAUGGGAAAAUGCCAGACAUAUCUAACGGUCAACACUCAACGCGGUUCAAGAGGAUUUUGGAUCCGCGACAGCUGGGAAAAUCUGGAAGAACACGAGAAAGAAACUCCGAGUGGAAGUUUCUGAAGAUAGAAAGAGAAAGGGAAAAAAAAAUAUUUUUUUUCUUUGUCGUCAAACUAAUUUCUGAGGAAUUUUCAAAGCUUCUCGCUGGAUCGAUCGCUUCGUGGAUCGAUCGAUCGAUCGAUCUUUUUCUGUGUGAUUAUCUUAAAAAGGUCAGAAAUUCGAUCGAUCUUUUUCUGUGUGAUUAUCUUAAAAAGGCUUUUGACUGGGGUAAUAAUCGUGAGAUGGCAAGUGGGUUUGGGGAAUCAACGAGCAGGCCAUCCCAAAACUCCUCAUUUUCUAGCAACAACGGUAAUGGGGAUGCUGGUAACUUUGAAUGCAAUAUUUGCUUUGAGUUAGCUCAGGAUCCCAUCGUAACUUUGUGCGGGCAUCUUUUUUGCUGGCCUUGUCUUUACAAAUGGCUCCACUUUCACUCACAAUCCAAGGAAUGCCCAGUUUGUAAGGCGCUUGUAGAGGAGGAGAAAUUGGUUCCUUUGUAUGGUAGAGGUAAAACAUCUACUGACCCUAGAUCAAAGUCUGUUCCUGGUGUUAAUAUUCCUAACCGUCCAGCUGGGCAGAGGCCUCAGACAGCUCCUCCACCGGAAUCAAAUGACUUUGCCCAACAUGGAUUUGGAUUCAUGGGAGGGUUCGGAGGAUUUGCACCAAUGGCAACAGCUAGAUUUGGGAAUUUUACAUUGUCUGCAGCUUUUGGUGGUCUCAUUCCUUCUCUUUUUAACCUUCAGUUGCAUGGAUUUCCUGAUGCUGCCAUGUAUGGUGCAGCUGGUGGUGUUCCUUAUGGGUUCUCUAAUUCAUUUCAUGGUGGCUAUGCACAUGGAUAUCCUCAGCAUCAUGGGCAAGGACAGCAAGAUUAUUAUCUGAAGAGGCUACUUUUUUUUAUUGGUUUUUGUGUUCUUCUUGCUCUCAUUUGGCAAUAGAUUUAAUCAGUUUUCAAAGCCUACUAAUGGAUAGUUAGGGCUUAUAGUCUCAUGCCUUUCUAAAUCUGUUAGUGCAUUUUUUUUUUCUUGGCACUGAGGAAAUUGUCCAUAACAUACACUUCCAAAACUCUUGUAUCUUCUCCAUGUUUUCAUCAGCCAUCAGCUAUGUGGAAUGUGAUAUACAUGUUUUUUCUGGUUGUA